AUGUACGAAUGUGGCACCUGUGACUGGGAGUUCCGCUACCAAGAGGACUGCGACUCCCAUAUGGACGAGUACGACCAUUGGGUGGAAUGUGACACCUGCCCUCGACAAUUUCGCACUGAGCGUAGCUGCGAGCAGCAUAUGGAUGCGCUUGGUCACUGGGCCCCGGUCUUUGAAUGCGAGACUUGCCCUCGCACCUUCUUCUCCCAGGCUGCCGCCAAUCAGCAUAUGAAUGCCAAGAAUCAUUGGGAGCCGACUGUGCCCUGCGAGACGUGCUCGGAACUGUUCCACACUGAGGAUGCUGCCAACCAGCACAUGCAGGCCAAUGGACAUUACGAGAACUACUGUGUGGAGUGCAAGCGACACUUCAUGAAUGAGAACUGUCUUCUCCAGCACUUGAACUCGAGAAUUCAUCGAGGCACGGAUAUCAUGUGCCCAUUUUGCAACGCUAGCUUUGUCACUGCGAGUGGCGUCACCCAUCACAUUGAAUCUGGUACCUGCUCAAUGGCUGACAACUGGAAUCGGGACACAAUCCACCGCAUGAUCCACCGCCUCGACCCCAAGGGGCUUGUCACCAACAAGCAGAUUGAAUGGCACAAUGAACAGAACAUACGCUACUACGCUACGGAGCGUGCCUUCGAUGGAACAAGCUGGGUGUGCUACCUGUGCCGAAAGGGAUUCAACUCAAUGAAUGGUUUGAAUUCGCAUCUCAACUCACCAGUCCACAAGGAGAAAAUCUACCAUUGCCUCAACAAGCGUGGUGGUUGUGAUAAAGAGUUCAUCUCCCUCGGUGCUUUAUUCAAUCACUUGGAGAGUGAGUCGUGCGGCUACAUCAGGUUCGGGGAUGUUCAGAAGGUUCACCGACGACUGAACGAUGCUAUUAUGAACCGCAAGAUGAUCACUGCGCUCUAA